AAGGAGAAGAAGAACUCUGCACGCUUAAGCAAGGAUAGUUGUGAAACCACAAGCUAACUGAGCUAAUGCUGGACUAAAACUGUUCUUCAUGUGUUGUGUUGUGUGUCAGUAGGACUCUUUACCCUCGGAGCUGUAGCAGUAAAUCAGAAGGAGGAAUUUAAACUGUCCCAGCGUGAAGAAAUGAGCUCGAUCCGAGAGGAAGGUAAAGACCAAAUCAUCUUUGUCACCAAAGAGGAUCAUGCAACACCCAGCAGUGCUGAACUCGUAGAGGAAGAUCCUAAUGACCCAUAUGAGGAGCGAGGUCUGAUUCUUCCCAGUGGGGAGAUCAACUGGAACUGCCCCUGCCUGGGUGGGAUGGCCAGUGGUCCCUGUGGGACUGAUUUUAAGGAUGCCUUCUCCUGUUUUCACUAUAGUAAGGAGGAGGUGAAGGGCUCUGAGUGCCUGGAGCAGUUCAGGGCCAUGCAGGAGUGUAUGCAGCGUUACCCAGAGCUCUAUCCUCAAGAAGAUGACAAGGUGUCAGAAACAGACAAGACCUCACAAGACUCUGCAUCUGCAGAAAUAUCCGGUGCAAACUCAACAUCUCCUACUGUGCAAGACUCUAAUACUACACAACCCAACACAGAGGGCUCAGUGGAAAGCUAAUGGUGAGCCUUAGUGGCAACAUGAGCCACACGAAUUUAAAGUCCAGCUGAAAUCUCAUUUAGUCUAACGAUGAGAGACCAACCAAUAUGGGAUUUUUAAGGCCAAUAUCCAUAUUGGUAUUUGAGAAUAAAAUAAAUGUAUGUAUCGGCUGGUUUAUUUUUUUUCUUGGUAAUUAGGUUACGCAGAAUAUUUUACAGUUGAGCUGUAAACAUUAUUAAAAAUGACAGUAACAGUAAAUGAAAGAUGAGUUUUGUAAUUUUGUUAACUAAAAAUGAACUCCUUAUGAAUAAUAUGUAGUGAGCCACAAGAAAUUAAAAUCCAGCUGAAAUCGUAUUUUGUCAUCCCUUUUUGCCAUCAAAAUAAAGUCAACACAUCACGGCCGGUUGCGGAACAAGACAAGAGACUGACUAUGUAUGGUUAGCGGUAGUGAAGAGUAAAGACCACACCAGCAUCUGAACUGAUUGAAGUUAUAUCUGCAAGUAGAUUUACAUGCUGUUUAACGUGCUGCAGCUCAUCAACAAAUUAGCUACCUACCCUGCAAACUGACAUUAGUAGUGCAGUUUUCCUCUGUGAAUGUUUGGUCACUCAUUCCAACAAGCUAUGGUGAGGACAGGACGUGUAUUUCUAAGUUAGAUAAGUAAAGCCAAUGUGGGUUGUUGUUCGAAGUCUGUGUCUACUGCUGUAUGCAAAUAUCAUUCAAAAUGAGGAUGGCUGUAGACGGUGAGCUUAAGGUAUUAAGAUGAAUUGAAGCCAAUGAAACACAUGUACGCUGUAGCAGACAGCCACAUCAUGUGACAUUUACUUUUAGUUGGACUUAAAUCAUUCUAUUUAUGAUUAAAUGAUCAUUUACUUUUGUAAAACUAAUACAUUGAUUUCAAUGAAAAAACGACUAUCUUGAGUGUUAACUUCAUGUUAUUCAAUCCUGUCUUUGGGUUAAUGCAAAAGAGUAUUUAAUACAACCAAGAGCGUACAGGACCAAGCUUAGAGGUGUAUAGUGCAUAUUUUAGUCAUUUCCUUUGUGUCAAGAUACUUCUAUCUUGCCCAUGCUGUGUGAUCUACCAUAUCUUGGUCUGAAAAUGUAAGAUUAAAGUGAAAUAUUUUCUUUUUCAGUAUGUUGCAUUUUAGAUGUAAAUUAUUUGUUGUUCAAAGUUUACAUUCAUAUUAAACUUUGACUCAAAUUUACAUUAGUAAUCUUACCGAUCAAGUUGCUAAAUUCACAAAGGUGUGAAGAAUGUACUGAAGAAAACUUUCUACUGUGAUAUCUUUGAGUCGUGUGUUUCCACAGUCCCCCUCUGUCCUGUGACACUGCAUUUAUUCUGCUAAUUUAUAACCAGAUUUAAAAACAUUUACCUCAACUGAAGCAUUUGUGUGCAACAAAGGACUGAUUGGAGUGAUUUGAAGUGAAUAUUGUUGAAUGUUUUCUAAUAAAAUGUAUUAUACCUGU